UGCGAGCAGGUGGAGCGCCUCUCUGCUGAUGCGCGGAUCCACGGACACGUUGUUCCUUCAUUUAACUCCGAAAAACCUCCGGGCUCUUCUGAAGGCUCUGAAAACUAAGCAGGUGCCAAUAUGGGGAACGGUUCAAUGAAAUCAAAGCGCUACAAACACACUGACGGCUGUGCGCACAAAGAUCACGGCGGUGGGUUCAAAAACUCGACCCUGGAUUUCCUGAGGGCCCGGGUGGAGGAGCUGGAGCGAGAGGGCAAGAGGAAGGAUGAGGAGCUUUGUGUCAAAGAGCAGCAGAUCAAAGGUCUCCAGGAGCAGCUGGCCAAACACACACGAGUGCUGGCCGAGAUGAGCGAGGAGCUGCAGAGUAAGUGCAUCCAGCUCAACAAACUGCAGGACGUGAUGAAGAGCGGAGCAUCGGCGGGUCUUGCUUCGAGGCCUCCUUCAGUCAAAGCCAGCAGCAGGGGCAGCCCCAACCUCAGCAUUCGCAUCAAGGAAACCCUGAACAGAAGGAAAGGCGCCAAAGCCGGGGUAUCUGCCGAACCCACAUCAAGAACCUACGACUCCAGCGGUCUGCCAAAGUUCUCCUUUGAGAAGGCUCGGGUACCAAAGGAUGCAAGUGUAAAGAAGCUGCUGACAGAUGCCCUCAACAAGAACCAAUACCUGAAGAGGCUGGAGCUGCAGCAGAUCAAAGACAUGGUGGAGUGCAUGUAUGAGCACACUUACCAGCAGGGAGAGUACGUCAUCAAGCAGGGAGAGCCUGGGAACCAUCUGUUUGUCCUGGCAGAUGGGAAGCUGGAUGUGUUUCAGCAUAACAAACUGAUCACAUCGAUAAUGGUGUGGACUGCGUUUGGGGAGUUAGCCAUUCUGUACAACUGCACGCGGACCGCAUCAGUGCGAGCUGUGAACAAAGUGAGGACGUGGGUUUUGGAUCGGGAAGUUUUCCAGAACAUUAUGAGGAGGACGGCCGAGACACGACACGAACAGUAUCGCAACUUCCUCCGAAGUGUUUCACUUUUGGCUAAUCUACCAGACGACAAGCUAAGCAAAAUAGUGGACUGCCUGGAGGUGGAAUACUAUGACAAAGGCGAGUACGUCAUCCGAGAGGGAGAGGAGGGCAGCACCUUUUACAUCAUCGCACAAGGAAAGGUGAAAGUGACCCAGACCACCGAGGCCCACAAGCUGCCACAGAUCAUCAACACGCUGCAGAAGGGAGACUACUUUGGAGAAAAAGCACUUAUAAGUGACGACGUCAGGUCUGCCAAUAUCAUUGCUGAUGAGAACGGGGUGGAGUGCCUCGUCAUCGACAGAGAGACAUUUGAUCAGACGGUGGGCACCUUCAAUGAGCUGCAGAAGUACCUCCAAGGGUACGUGGCAACACUCGAUCGCGACGACAAGAAGAGACAUGCCAAGAGGUCUGUGUCACGCCACCAAAGUCAGCCUCUGUCUCCUGAAGUCAUCCAGCUGAAGGAACUGGUUUCCGAAUUCUCUUCAUCCAGGCCCUUUGAUCACCUGGAGGUCAUUGCUACCCUUGGGGUCGGCGGGUUUGGACGAGUAGAACUGGUGAAGGUGAAGACUGAGGAUGUCACCUUUGCACUCAAGGUCAUCAAAAAGAAGCACGUGGUGGACAACAGGCAGGAAGAACACAUCCACUCGGAGAGGAGGAUCCUCGCAGAGGCUCGCUCGCCUUUCGUAGUCAAACUGUAUCGCACAUUCAAGGAUAACAAAUAUGUGUACAUGCUGCUGGAGGCCUGUCUGGGUGGAGAGGUCUGGAGUCUGCUCAGGGACAGGGGCAGCUUUGAUGAAUCUGCUGCUAAAUUCUGCGUGGGCUGUGUCACGGAGGCUUUCGAGUACCUCCACCGGAAAGGUGUGCUCUACAGAGACCUGAAGCCUGAGAACCUCAUUCUGGAUUCUGAAGGAUACAUCAAACUGGUCGACUUUGGCUUUGCCAAGAAGAUCAGAUGUGGCCAGAAGACUUGGACCUUCUGUGGCACUCCAGAGUAUGUGGCACCAGAGAUCAUCCUCAACAAAGGCCACAACUUCAGUGUGGACUUUUGGUCUUUGGGCAUCCUGGUGUUUGAGCUUCUUACCGGCAGUCCUCCGUUCUCAGGAAUUGACCAGAUGAUGACGUACACUUUCAUCUUGAGAGGCAUUGAGAAGAUGGACUUCCCGAAGAAGAUAACAAAGAGACCGGAGGACCUCAUACGCAAGCUAUGCAGGCGGAACCCCUCAGAGCGACUGGGCAAUCUCAAAAAUGGAAUAACUGAUAUUAAGAAGCACAGGUGGUUUAAUGGCUUCAACUGGGAGGGGCUGAAGGCAAGGACGUUACCAUCGCCACUGAAAAGAGAACUUACAGGACCAACAGAUCACAGUUACUUCGACAGCUACCCUCCAGAUGAUGACAGUCCUCCUGAUGAGCUGUCUGGUUGGGACAUGGACUUCUGAGGACUUCUCCUCCAUCUUUCCAACAUUUUCCUUCCACUGCACACAUUAACAACUAAAAUCUAACAGCAAAAGUGGACUUACAGGUGACUUUACAUCACCUCAGCCAUGGUUUAGCAGCUUUAUGAUUGUCACAGAUUGACAGAUAAUUGAAAAUGGGAUAUUACCAAAAGGUAAACCCGUAUUGCUCCUGUAUCUCCAUACAAUAUGUGCACAUUUGAAUGGAAGCCUUCAAAGGUGUAAAGGUUUACUGCUUGACUUUUCUUUUACUCUCUGUUUCACACUAUUUUUGACAAAGAUGUCGAGAAAAAUCGAAGCGAUUCAGAACAGUUUUAAGCUGCUCCAACAGCCGCGUCAGUGUUCAACAUUCGAACAAAACUGGAUGUGAAAUGCACAAGCUUUUACCUCAGAGGAGUCGGGCCACCACCAAGACAUUUGCCAGAAGCAGAUUAAGAACAUUACCAGAAAGGAUUUUAUUAAUGCCAACAAAACAGAAGGUUCUGGUUAAUGGUGCUCAGUGUCACAUUAAUUAGCAUGAAGCUGCCUAGCUUGACAUACAGGAUUAAUGUAUUAAUCGUUAACCCAGACAAAACUUCAGAUGUAGCCCCGUUAUGCAACAAAAAAAAGAACGAUUUCUAAUAUUUGUGUUGAAUCACAUUAAGUCAGGUAAGUUAACACUCCUCAGCUGGCUAAUGUUAGUGGGCUAAGAGGACACUCAGGGCUACUGUGGCUGCACAGAAUCAACUAGCUCAAUUUGUGGUAUUACUGUGGAAUAUAACAGGUUCUCAUAGUUAGAAUAAGUAAGGUUAGCAUCACAGUAGGAUAAAAAUUCUUUCUAUACCUUCUAUAUGACGUACACUCAUCAGCAACUGGGAGUCACAAGCCAUAUUAUCAGUUCAACACCUCGUGCAGCCGCAGACACUCAGUAACAAAAAUGCCACACAGACGGCCUAAUCGGCUCACUGCAGAGUUAAACAGCUCGUUAUGAAGCCGUCAGCCUGGAACCGGGUAUUGGGAUACACUAGGAGUAAAUAAUAACACUAUUAUAAACAUUAAUGAGCUUCUCUAUAAUCUGCUGCUGAUAUGUGCUGCACCAGGGUGGUGUGCUGGAUAAACACCUCCACCCCAUAUUCAAUUAAAAUGUUUAUUUUUAUUUAUAUGGGCCCGGUUCACAACAGUUGUCAUCUCAAGACUCAUUACAUUAUAAGCUAAAGACCCUACAGUAUUACGGAGAGAACCUCAAAGAUCACAUGAGGUAGAGAAGCAGAACCAGCCUCAGGGAGGGGCAAGAAACUAACCAAAACUACAGGAGAGUUGAUCCCAUGCAAUAGGGCGAUAUAAACACAUGGGAAGUGAUAACAGCCAGCACUGUGACUGGGGAUAAACUCCUCCAUGUAACUGUCCCCUUGUGGAAGUUUGAGCCCCUCUGUAAAGCACAGUAACCCUGUGAGUUAUUUUAGAGCUGGUGAAAGCGAACCUGUACUUUAACCAAUCCUGAACGUGCACUGUUUUCUUAAAAACAUCUCCCAGUGCUAAUGUGGACAUUUCAGGGUAGCUUUCCAGUUGGUAAUACCCACAAAAAACAGUAAAAACUAAAUUUAUUGUGCUAACAUCAC